CUCGCCUACCGGCUGCUCGAUUGCCAUGGAGAUGGCGGCGAUGGGGAAGCAGCAGCGGGAGGAGGUGCUACUCUACGCCGCCUCCGAAGGCAACCUCCGCCUCCUCAAGAAGAUGGCGCGGGGCCUCGACUCGGGGGGACAGGGCGAGGCCUCCGUCCUGGCGGCGGUGGCGGAUGGCGAAGGGAACCGCGCGCUGCACCUGGCAGCCAGGGCGGGGCGGGUGGAGGUCUGCAGGUACAUCGUCGAGGACCUCCGCCUCGAUGUCGAUCAACCCAACUUCAAAGGCGAGACGCCACUGUUUGCUUCUGCCUAUUGUGGGGGAGCUGCUGCUGCAAGAUAUCUUAUUGAUCAUGGUGCUGAUCCAUUAGCUGGUAAACUGUGGUCACCUCUCCAUUGUGCUGCAGCGAAAGGAAAUUGUGAAAUAGUAAAACUGCUGCUUUCAAGAGGAAUCGACGUGGAUUUAUAUUCCAUACGUGGGACGCCAUUGCAUGCAGCAGCUCUUUCUAAGCAAGAUUGCACGAUGAAAAUUUUAUUGGAGCACCAUGCUGAUCCUAAUAAGGUUUGCAGUCUUGAUUAUACCCCAUUGAGUUGGGCCGUGCGGGCCAGCCCGACCAUACCUACUGUGUCGCUAGAAUGUGUGAAGCUACUCAUUCAGGCAGGCGCUGAUGUGAAUUUUGUUGACUCCAGUGGCCUUACUAGCCUGAUGUUGACAGUGCAGUUUGGCUUACCUGACACCUUGACGUGUUUACUAGAUGCUGGUGCUAACCCAAAUAUUCCAGAUGAAUUUGGUGUAACACCAAUUGAAUUUGCUGCUUCUAAGGGCAGAAGAGACAUGGUUGAAAUGUUAUUCCCUUCAACUUCUCCAAUUCCAACGCUGCUGGAAUGGAGUAUUGAUGGAAUCAUUUCUCAUGUGAAAUCCUUUGGUUUGAAGCCAAGGGAUAAAUGUAAGUGUGAAAAGAGAAGAACUGGACUAAAACAGAAAGCUAAGGAGGCCUUUCAGAGAGGGGAAUAUUUUACAGCAGCAAUUUUGUAUAGUAAUGUAAGUCACCGGGGCACAUCUUUAUUGCCUGAAUGA